CCACCGCCCACAAAUUUCCGCAACGAUUUCCGUCCAUUCUGCAUAAAGAUCAACAAUUUUCGGCAAAUUCUCGCCCAAAUUUCUUCCGUUUUUCCCCUUCGUAGUCAAAUUCUCAAUUCAACUCUGAAUCAUUCAAACUUCCAAGACAAAAAAAGCGACAAUUCUUGCUACUUCAUUCGGUUUUCUUCCAGUAUUUUGACAUCAAUCGGAAAAAAUUGAGUUCUUGAUUGAUGGCGGCGAGUGCAAACCCUUCUGCAAAUAACAAUGGAUCAACCAGCAAUGGGAAUGACACUAACACCACCACCAUUAACAACGGUGGUCGUUCCUCCGUGCCGGAGAAUUCGGGGGUGGGUCCUUCUCAGCGUGCUUUGAAGCACAGCGUUGAUCUAUCGGUGCAAUGGAGUUCUGAUGAACAGUCACUGCUUGAAGAGCUACUCGUUAAAUAUGCCUCAGAUAAUCGAGUAAUGCGUUAUGCAAAGAUUGCAGGAAAAUUGCAAGACAAGACAGCCCGGGAUGUGGCACUUCGUUGUAAAUGGAUGACUAAAAAGGAAAUUGGCAAGCGACGAAAAGACGAUAAUUUAUCAAGGAAGCAUAAAGACAAAAAGGAAAAACUUGCGGAUCAACUGGCGAAGCCAUCUUCUCAUGCUACGAAUCGUGCCAAUGGUCUUCCAUAUGCUCAAUCAUCGGUCUCCAUGGACAGUGAUGAUGGCAUCUCUUACAAAGCUAUUGGUGGUGUUUCUGGGCAGCUUCUUGAGCAGAAUGCGCAGGCCUUGGAUCAAAUCUCCGCAAAUUUUUCUGCUUUGAAGUUACACGAGAACAUCGAUCUUUUUUGCCAAACAAGAAAUAACAUUAUCGCAGUCUUGAACGACUUAAACGACAUGCCGGGGAUAACGAAACCGAUGCCACCGCUACCAGUGAAGCUCAACGACGAGCUUGCCAACUCCAUACUUCCUCAGUCAUCUAUGACGAUGCGAUCUUGAAAAUCUUUUCGUAUAGAAAUAAGAACCCUUUUCAUUCCAAAUACAACGAACUUUUUUCCGCUUAGAUACCAGUCGGGUUCUUUUAAUUAUGAUCUGGAAGCAGAUCGUAGUUCCCGUUGAUCAAUCAAGUCCUGUCGGUUUCAUCAUGGUGAAGACGAUGAUAAAGCACCGUUCUUUUUCUAGUUUUUCCAUCGUGUUCCUCGGUUUUUUUGGUUAAGAUUGAUGUUUGUGAAUAUGUUGUUCUUUUAGUAUGUAAAUAUGAUAGGAAUGCUUUGAUUCAAUAUUUCAUAUGGGUACAAUAAGGGAAAUGUUUAACAUGGCCUUUUUUUUUAACUGUAGUGUCUUGGUCAGGUAAAUUCGUUUCGAUAAAUCCCGUCGAGCCU